UUUUGUUUGGCAUAAUAGACCGUUAGAAUGUGCUGAGAAGAUUUGAUUUUAAUGAAUAGGUUAUGAUUAUACGAAGAUUUCUGUAAUAUUUUCUUGACUGUUUAUCUUUGUCAGUUGUUAUCAAAAUGAUUCGAGAUCUUUCGCUACGUCUAACAAAUAAGGCAUAGUAUUUCCAUCCUACUUCAUUUUGUUGAUUAUAAUUGAGAAAUUAAAUUGUGAAAAUCUGAAAAAAAUCUGUGAUAAAUUAAAAGACAUGGAAUUUUAAUAUAUGUAAGAUACUGUGUCUCGAGAGAAGAAAAAAAAUGAGUACUGAGUAUAAAUUCGAGAAAGAAAUUGACUGCAAACAAGGAGCUGUAAGAUCUGUACGAUUUAGUGUUGACGGUUCGUAUUGCAUAACAUGUGGAUCGGAUAGGAAGCUAAAGCUAUGGAAUCCGUACAAAUCUGCUACAUUAAAAACAUACAGUGGACACGGUAACGAGGUUAUGGACGCUUGUGCGUCCUGUGAUAGCAGCCAGAUAGUCUCCUGUGGAUUAGACAAAUCUGUAAUUGUCUGGGAUGUGGCAAUGGGCAUACCUGUACGUCGUUUCAGGGGACAUGCAGCUCCUGUUACGACAGUAAGAUUUAAUGAGGAAUCAUCAAUGAUUAUUUCUGGAUCUCGGGACAAUAGUGUUAUGUGUUGGGAUGGACGUUCUAAAGCACAAGAGGCUGUACAAUCUUUGAAUGACGCCAAGGAUUCCAUUUCAAGUGUAAGGGUUUCUGAUCACGAAAUCUUGACUAGUUCUUUUGAUGGUAAAGUGCGUACUUAUGAUAUACGUGUGGGAGAACUUUGCGAAGAUUACAUGGGUGAUGCAAUCACGUGCGCGAGUUUCACCAGAGAUGGACAAUGCUUAGUCGUUAGUUGUGCAGAUGAUGUCAUUAGAUUAAUUGACAAGGACUCGGGAGAGCUGCUUGGAGAAUUCACGGGACACACUGGAAAAGAUCUGUGUCUGGAAUCGAGCGUAGACUUCCAAGACACGAAAAUUCUUUCGGGUUCGGCGGAUGGGAAGCUCUGGAUUUGGGAUCUUAUAUCUCAGAAGGUGGUUGCGAAACUCUCAGGUUUUAAACCGACUAAGUAUCCUACUGUAUCUAUAAGUGUUCAUCCACAAAAAAAUUGCUUUUUGGCAUCUAAUGGGUCAAAUAUAUUGAUGUGGAGCACAUCGACGAAUACUGCGAAUAACGAAUAGUACCAAAAUUUGUUCUGUUAUUUCCCUCUUAUAUACAGAGUAAGUUUGUGAUUCAGAGUAA